AUGCUUCGACCUGCGAUUGCUUCGCUAUCACUGGGUGAUCCGAGGGUGCACGAAGUGUCGACGAGACUUCUCCAAGCGUCUCGGAAUGGCUUCCAGGGUGUGGAGAUUGUUGAGGACGAUAUUAAGACAUUGGCAGAAAAGCUUCCUGGAGGCCUGGGAGACUCAAACAGCAUCGAGGCAGCGAGAGACAUCCGUCAACAAUGCGACAAACUCGGCUUAACUGUACUUGUAUUCCAACCUUUUCGGCAGUACGAAGGCCUCCUUGACCGGACGCAACAUGAAGCCAUGCUCAAGAAGCUGACGGUGUGGUUUGAGAUCACCCGGAGCCUAGGCACAGACAUGAUUCAGGUGCCUACAAGCUGGUUGCAAGAAGGCACGACUGGGAAUGAAGACGCUGUUGUGGCAGACCUUCGACAGAUAGCUGAUAUGGGGCUUGCACAGAACCCAGUAGUCCGCUUUGCGUAUGAAGGCAUUGCCUGGGGACGAUAUUUUGACACAUGGGAAGAUACCUGGGAGCUUGCUAAGAAAGUGGACAGGCCCAAUUUUGGCCUGUGUCUGGACGCCUUCCACAUAGCUGGCCGCACAUGGGGCGAUCCUACUGCCCAGAGCGGACGAACCCCCGGUGCGGAACACGCUCUUGAGGUGUCUCUUGACAGGUUGGUCAACCAGGUAGAUGUUGCGAAGGUGUUUUAUGUUCAGGCUGGAGAUGCCGAGAAGCUGGAUCCGCCCUUGAGCGAGUCUCAUCCAUACUAUGCGACCGAUCAGCCCGCAAGGAUGAGCUGGUCGCGAAAUGCGCGACUAUUCCCAUACGAAGAGGACAGAGGCGGCUAUCUUCCCAUCGAGACAGUCAUGGACGCGAUUGUCAACAGGUUGGGAUAUGAUGGCUGGAUCAGUAUGGAGCUGUUCUCGCGUGAGUUGGCGGACCCGGAUCCAGACCUGCCGCGCAGAUUUGCCACACGAGCUUCAGCAUCGUGGAAGAGACUGCUGCACGCGAUGAAGAAACCAUAG